GCUUGAGGAAGUGACUUCAGCCGGUGUCGGCGGGCGCGGGGCAGCAGCGGCAGAGGAGGAGAGGCUCGUGGCGAAACGGUUGCUGCUUGCAAGAAAUUGCUGGCCGGAGGAAGGCUGCUGAACGCCCGUCAUGGCAGCCGCUGCGGCCGCGCGAGUCCUGCUGGAGGCAACGGGGAAGGAGUGUGCGCGGCGGGCAGCUCCUGCCUCCGGGCUCUGCUCCAGCGGCGGCUUGAAGACAGGCGGCUAUUGCACGCUGGCCCCGCAGCAGCCCUCCACUCCGCCUCCGGAUAUGAAGAGCUACCUGUGGACGCGCUACAACGAUGCAAAAAAGGUGACUAAAGAGCUAGUUCCUUCAAUAAUGAGUAACUUGCUGAAUCCUGAUGCAAUCUUUUCCAACAAUGAAAUGAGCCUCUCGGACAUUGAAAUCUAUGGUUUUGAUUACGACUACACGUUGGUCUUCUAUUCCAAGCAUUUGCACACAUUGAUCUUUAAUGCUGCCCGGGAUCUGCUGGUCAAUGAACAUCGGUAUCCUGCUGAAAUACGGAAAUAUGAUUAUGACCCCAACUUUGCAAUAAGAGGGCUUCAUUAUGAUGUGCAUCGAGCGUUAUUGAUGAAGAUUGAUGCUUUUCAUUAUAUUCAGCUGGGAACAGUGUACAGAGGACUGAGUGUCGUCCCAGAUGAAGAAGUCAUUGCCAUGUACGAUGGAUCCCACGUCCCCUUGGAACAAAUGAGUGACUUCUAUGGAAAGAGUUCGCAAGGGAACACCAUGAAGCAAUUCAUGGACAUCUUCUCCUUACCUGAGAUGACUCUCUUGUCCUGUGUCAAUGAGUACUUCCUGAAAAACAACAUAGACUAUGAGCCCGUUCAUCUCUACAAAGAUGUGAAGGACUCAAUCAGAGACGUCCACAUCAAAGGAAUAAUGUACCAAGCAAUUGAAGCAAAUAUCGAGAAAUACAUUUGUUAUGCUGAGCAGACACGCGCUGUGCUAGCAAAGCUGGCAGAUCACGGCAAGAAGAUGUUCCUCAUCACGAACAGUCCUAGCAGCUUUGUGGACAGAGGUAUGAAAUAUAUAGUUGGAAAAGACUGGCGCGAUCUCUUUGAUGUAGUGAUUGUCCAAGCUGACAAGCCCAACUUCUUCAAUGAUAAAAGGAGACCUUUCCGUAAAGUGAAUGAAAGAGGUGUAUUGCUUUGGGAUAAAAUUAAUGAAUUGCAAAAAGGACAGAUUUACAAACAGGGUAACUUAUAUGAAUUUUUGAAACUGACUGGAUGGAGAGGUUCCAAAGUCUUGUAUUUUGGUGAUCACAUUUACAGUGAUCUAGCAGAUUUGACCUUAAAGCAUGGCUGGCGGACAGGUGCCAUCAUUCCAGAGUUACGAUCAGAGAUCAAGAUCAUGAACAAGCAGCAGUAUAUUCAUACCAUGACCUGGCUGCAAACCCUCACUGGAUUACUGGAACAUAUGCAGGUUCACAGGGAUCCUGACUCUCAACUGAUCUUGGAAGACUGGAAAAAGGAAAGGAAGGAAAUGAGAGAAUUGACCAGGAACUUCUUCAACUCUCAGUUUGGAAGCUUGUUUAGGACUGACCAGAACCCGACCUACUUCUUAAGACGUUUGUCUCGCUUUGCUGAUAUUUACAUGGCAUCUUUGAGUUGUCUCUUGAACUAUGAUCCCAAUUACACAUUUUAUCCAAGGAGGACUCCUUUGCAGCAUGAACUUCCAGCAUGGUCAGACCAGCUAUGCACUGGCAGAAAUUUGAUUCCCAAAAUGGUGGUCAGGUAAACGUGUUUCUCAAAGGUUGUAAGUACUUUAUGUCUAUGAAAAAAUUGAGGUUGCUUUUCUUAUUAUGUUGAAUUAACUCUUUGUUACAUAAUUCAAGAACAAGCUGCUGGCAUGACUUUGUGUUCAAGAUUUUAAUUCCUUGAAACAGACUUCUAAGUAGUUCUGAUCUGACUUUUCUUAUCUUAACAAGCAGUAUUUUAAGAGGGAGGGGAGCACUUAUCUCCUAGUAUGAAACCUCCCUUUUGUGCUGUUCAUAGCCAUUGUCUCUAACACCAUUUUGUGUGUUUAUUUCAUUGUUCCGUUAAUGAGCUCAUGGUGCUUGCAUUUUUGAUUUGAUGCUGUGACAUCACAGCAAUGUAACCAAUCCAAUUGGCCUUUAUACACCCAUAGCUAGGGGCUAAUGAAGCUCAUUUACAUUGAGAGCAACUUCUUCUUACAGUUAACAGUGACCUUAGUAGUCAACUAGGAAUCAUUUUGGCAACUGAGCACUUUUGUGGUGGUCUCCCCAAAGGGUGCCUUGGACACUAAAUCCUUGUUCCCCUCUCUUCAGUUCAGCCAUACUUCUAAGGAUACUGACUUGCUGGCCAUGUGGCCUAAUGGUGAUUGUGUAUGCAAGCUGCUUGAGCUUGUCUGUCAGUGCUGCUGGAUGCAUUGAACAAGGUACUUAGAAAUAUGCAGUGCAUGACAUCCAUAGGGUGUUUUAAUGCAAUGAACAUUAAGGAGUAAUUGGCUGAGGUCUAUCAAAAUAGAUAUUUCUGGUAUUUUGUUAACCUUUUAAAAAACCCAGCAUUGUAAAUCUUGGGGUGGGGGGGCAGACUCAGGACUGGAUGUUUGAAAUACAUUCGAAGUCCUUCGUAUAACAUUCUUGAUUUAUUUUUAUUUUAGUUCAUUGAUAACUUGUCUGUCUUCCCAGGGGAGACCCAGAUGACAUACAUUAUUCUCCUCCAUUUUUAUCCUAUUAGUACUUUUUCGCCAGUUGAUUUAAUACCUUCUAAAAUACAGGGUUUGCUAGAAAUGUGGGGUUAGAUAUAUUGUUCAGUGGUGUUAAGUGUGUGGGUGUGUGUGUCUGCUUAGCUCACCAGUGAUUUUUGAACUGCCUUGGAGAAAGGUUCUCCUGUCGCAAAAUUAAAAAAAUAUAACUUUGUCUAAGUGUAUCAUCUGGUGCUGAUCGCUUUUAAUUUUUAGUACAUUGUACAGUAAAAAUGGAUUUGCAUGAGAAUUCUUUUUUGUAUGGGGAAAUAUCCUUGCACAAACAGCAGCAAAAACAAACAUUAAUUUAUUAGUGUUGCUGCUAUGAUGUAAUCUUUGAAUAUUAAUUAAGUUUUAAAGCUCUUAAUUUCUGUUAUUUCUCUGAUAUUGUGUUAUGGAAAUUUCUGUUAUUUCUCUCGUCUGUAUAUUUUUGAACACCAAAAAUGAAGCAAACAAGCAACUUGACAAACUGAAGGUUAAAAAUCUGAAUGUAUGGGAAGGUUUUGUUAAGCAAAUAAAAACCACACAUACUUUUUUGUAUUGUUAAGCAAAAAAAAGCACAUACUUUUUUAUAUGAAAAUUUUCAUGUCAUGGAAUUUACACCAUAAUAAAAUGUAUCGACUACUCUUUUGACUUAAGUGGUA